UCUGAUCCGAACUAGAAAUCAAGCGCGCCCCUUGAUUAUGCAACGAGUUUGGUUUCUUAAGAAAUUUUGCUUGCUCGUCUUGUUUAUUUCAUUUUAGGCCCUUCAUUUUAUUCAGAAAUAAUAACUUAGAAUGCAAAUUUGAUAUUUGAAUUCAACAUGUCCUUCACGUUUUUGCUUAGGUUAUCCCGAAAUGCUUCGAAAUUUCAUCUUAGUCAACAAACGCUUAUUACAUCUCAUUAGCGGAGCUGAGACACUGAAUCGAGCGCGCAUUUCAAAACGUUAUAUAAAAAUGGAAAAAAGGCAUGGAAUACAGGAAGUUUGUCAGCGCGGGGCUCUUAUAGUAUUUGAAGGUGUUGACAGAAGUGGUAAAACUACACAGUGUAAUCUUCUUGAGGAACGUCUCAAUCGUGAUAGUGGAAAUGUGAAGCUGCUGAAGUUUCCAGAUAGAACAACUGUAAUAGGAGAGAUGAUAAAUGAUUACCUUGGUUGCAAGAAAGAUGUUGAAGACCAUGCAGUCCAUUUGCUCUUCUCCGCAAACAGAUGGGAAAGGGUGCCAAUGAUGUUAGAAUUGUUGAACAAAGGUACCACAUUGAUUGUUGACAGAUAUGCAUAUUCUGGUGUGGCAUUUACAGCAGCUAAACCGGGUUUCAAUAUAGACUGGUGUAAGCAGCCCGACAUUGGUCUUCCGCGACCGGAUACUGUACUGUACCUUACAUUGAGUAGCGAGGCAGCGGCUAAACGAGGAGGGUUUGGUGAAGAAAGAUACGAACAAACGGAUUUCCAGAAAACUGUGGCAGGCAAUUUUGAACUGCUGAAAGAUAAAAGCUGGCAGGUGAUAGAUGCUGACAAAUCAGUUGAUGAUCUUCAUAGAGAAUUGCUGGACAUUUGUAGUAAGACAAUUCAAGAUGUAGGAGACAAACCAAUAUAUAAAUUAUGGACAGAGGGAAAAUAUGUACUCUGAUGAAAAACUUUGAGAAAAAUAUAUUUAGUGUUAGUAAAGUACAGGAAAGGUUACCAAGAGUAUUCAUAUAUAUCAUGUAAUGUGAUCAUUGAAUAUGACUGAAUUAUUUUUCAGAGGAUGUAGACAUUUCUGAAUGUGUUAAACUUAAUUUUUGUGUCCGAGUCUAAUUUGAUUCUGACAAUCAGUUGCUCAAGGCAGAUAAACUACAUUAGGAAUAGUGAUUGUGUAUUGUUCCACUAUUUCAUACAUAAUUUAUUCGUUUUUAUUCCCUUCAUGUGCAUUAUAAGUUAGGAUAACUUUUAAGGUGUACGCUAGAGUCCGUAUAUGAGAUGGGCGAAAUUUUACCCAACUAUAGAAUUUCUUCAAACUUUAGAUAAAGAAGGUCAAUUGUCUAAGAAACAAAAAUAUGCAAUUAUAGUCAUAGGUCACUAGUAAAAAAAAAAAUGAAGAAUUGAAAAAGAGUUAUCUGCCCUUGAAAAUGGCCUUUCUCCCCAAAAAUAGAUGACAAUUAGAGAUGAUGUGCAGAGUGCAUGAACCACUGGCGCCAGAUCAGAAAGAAAAUGCCUCUGUACAUGUUAUACCCUACCCCUAGGUAUUCUAUAAGAACCAUGGUCGUGAACGGGAAAAUAUACUAACCCAUUUCAAUCGCGUAUUUCAUACCUAAAACACGCAGUUCAGUAAAUGUGUACUAUUGAUAUUAAACAAGUGGUAAUUUAUCUUCCGUUGUGUACCGGUCACAUUGUCUCAAUAUUUCAUAUUGCAGAGAUGCUCCAUAUAUUUUAUGACCAUGGUUCUUAUAGAAUACCUAGGGGUAGGGUAUAACAUGUACAGAGGCAUUUUCUUUCUGAUCUGGCGCCAGUGGCAUGAACCAGGGUGGUAGUUCAAAGGUCUAGGUCAAAUCUGCUCAUCAUAUUUUGUGUCCAGAGCAUAACAUAAAAAAUAAAGGUAUUGACUUGAAAACUUUGAAGUUUAGACAGGUAGUUUUGAGACAAUGUGCAGACUGCAACAGUCUACAUUACUGCCCCCAUCCAUCCCCAUCCCCCCACCCCAUCAAAAAAAAAAAAUGAAAUUUAUUAAUUUUUUGCCUUUUAGUAUCCUGUCACCACUGCACACGCACCCUACUCCCAGCACACUUGAUUAUAACUCAGUUUUAUAAUGAGGACACUGGAUUCCAAACAUACUACAUGUACUACUGUUAGAAAAUUUAUCAUAUCAGUUUCUAUUAGGAUAGUUCUGCAUGUUUGAUAUACUGGAAGUGAUGGCUUAACGUCAUUUUUCUGGAAAACCUAGAAUAAAGCCUGGAUUCUACGUACCGAAAUGAAAAUCAUUUUAUGAAUUAAUGGAAACCUGUGAGUACAUUUAUUGCAAUGGGACUGUUGCUAUAUUUCUUAAGUCAAAAUAUGAUGUUAAAACACAUGACCCAUUCAAAAUAAUGUCUUAAAAAUUAGAGUGAAAUGUCCAGUUCGCAUUAAUUAUUGUCAGAUAUCUCAAAAUUAAGCACAUGGACUUAUACAUUAUAUUUCUCCAAAUUGUAGGCCACAUAUUUUUUUAUAACUAUGAGAAGUUCCAUCAAAAUCUACUUUGUAGAAAAAUUUCUAUUUGCGAAAAUGUUAUGUAAGAUUUUGCCAUAGACUCUCAUUAUAAAAUUUUGUGCGAGGUCAAAAUCAGUCUAGCAAAAAAUCAAGCACGCGACCGUAUCUAUUUUAUUUGCUGAAUUUUCUAGGUACAUGUAUAUUCAGAAGUUUUGAAAAAUCAGAGUUUAAUCAAAUUCUACAUUGUAGAAAAUGUUUUUAUCCAAACGUGCAGAACUACCUUAACAUAUUUUGGUUUCAUGGGUCAUUGUAAUAAAUCUAAAACUUUGAAAAUAUCGAGAGCUGUUCUAUUUCAUCUCCUUGGUUACAGUAAAGCAUACAAAGUCAUAUCUCAGUAACUUUACACAAUGCUUCCCAAGUCACCAAACCUUUUUUGACAUAAAAAGUUUGGUUAAAGUAGCUGAAAGCAAACAUCAAGUUGUAUCUUGGUUACACCUGUAUAGCAUUGAAACUUCACAAACUGCUUCCCAGACAUGAAGUCUACGGAAAUACCUAAGUAAGAUAACUUUUGGUUGAAUUCGGUGUAAACGUUCAAUUUGAAAAUUCAGUUAAAAGUUUUGUAAUAAACUACUAAGCUAUAUCUUAGGAACUGACCUCCGUGGCCGAGUGGUUAAGGUCGCUGACUUCAAAUCACUUUCCCCUCAUCGAUGUGGGUUUGAGCCUUACUCGGUGCGUUGAAUUCUUCAUGUGAGGAAGCCAUCCAGCUGGCUUAUGGAAGGUCGGUGGUUCUACCCAGGUGCCCGCUCGUGAUGAAGUAAUACACGGAGGGGCACUUGGGGUCUUCCUCCACCAUUAAAGCUGGAAAGUCGCCAUAUGACGUAUCAUGUGCCGGUGCGACGUUAAAUCCAACCAAAAAAAAAAAGUAUCUUAGGAACAAAUGAAUGUAUCAGAUUGAAACUUCUUACUAUGUCUCUUCGCGAUCGAAUUUUUUUUUGUUUUGCUUAACAAAGUUAGAUAAUUAUUGAUUGAUGUGGAUAAGAAUUAUCAACCUUUCUUUAGUUUUGAAAUUAGAUAAAAUUUAACACACAACUAUCAGGCAGUACCUCAGUUACAAUUGUUUCAGUUUGUUAUGGAUUGAAACUUCUUACAAUCCUUAUUAGUCAUCAAACCUACUGAAAAAUAUGUUAGAUAAUUCUUGGUUGAAUUUCUCGAAAAUCACAGCCUUUAUGUACUAAGAAAUUUCAAAGUUCUGCAUGCAAUUAUCU